AUGGCGCGUAAAUCUGGCACGAAGAGGCAAAAGUCUAUCACAUGCAGCUCCGGAGAAGAUGCCAUCCCAAUGGAUGGAGUGGAUGUUCCGAAUCGUUCUAAACGUGUCAGGUGGGACGUGACCUCAGAUCAAGGAGAGGAAGCAGUAUCGGGCCCCACGGACUCGGACAACUCCAGGUCUGUAUGGCGGUGUUCUGUCAAAAUUGUCGAACAGAGUGACCCGCGUGUCAUCAUUACCAGCUCAAAGUCCGACGACGCUUGCAUAUCUGUUCUACAGGAUUACGCUGAAGCUGCUGGUAGCAUCUUUCAGAUCAGACCGCAUAGGGAAUUUGUCCCAUCUAAAGGGCGCGAACGAGUCCUGUCCCUUAAGCUCUUGACUGAAUUGGAGGGAGGGGUGUGCAGCUCCCUGGAUGCAUUCCCAGAGACGUCUGAGAAUGGUUUGAUGGGCGCAUACAAUUUUAUGCAAGGACGAAAACAGACAUCUGGAGACCCUAACAUGAAGAGAUGGAACGCUACUAUCCGUCUAGCGAAUUUCGCCUCGUUGGAGUCGGCCCCACUCUGUCUCUCCUGCAUUGGCGCCCUAAUCGAUUUUCUCACCAGAGAAAGGGCUGCCGGAGAACUGGAUCACGAUGGUUCAGAAGCACUCGAAAUUCAAAGCAUUGAGGCCUUGGUAUUGGAUAAAGUCAUGCACAUCAAUGCAGACGCUCUCCAUUCUUUGCAGGUCUUCGAGAGUGAAAACCACGCCUCGAUACAUUCCGAGAAGACCAAAGAGGGACUCUCACUCUUUGGUGUUUUCAAUACCACUCGGACGGCCUUGGGUCGCUUUCUCCUACGCACGUGGCUUUUACGUCCAUCUUUAUCACUAGAAGUACUGGAGGCUCGUCACACUGCUGUAGAAUGCUUCUUGCUCCCAGAGAAUACUCCUGCGAUUGGUGCCCUGCAGACACAUCUAAAGGGGACCACCAGUGUUCCAAAAACAAUGAAAGCGCUGAAACGCGGGAAAGGAACGGCCAAUGACUGGCAAGCUCUUGUAAAGUUUACGUACCAUUCCUCGAUGUUAUGUGAUGCGUUGUCCGAGUUGCACCGGUGCGGGAACGUAGAAGUCGUGAAGAAGUUUACUGGUGCCGUGGACCUCCGUUCUCUCAAAGAGAUUGGCAAUGUCAUCAAUAAGACGAUCGACUGGGAGGAAUCCGCGGAAGUGGAGCGAAUUUGCAUUCGACCACACAUUGAUGAAGAGUUGGACAACAGGAAGCACGCGUACUAUGGAAUCGAUUCUGUCUUGUCGAAGGUUGCCCAGCAAAUUUCACAAUCUGUUCCGGCUGAAUAUGCUACCUCCCUUAACGUCGUGUACUUCCCGCAGCUCGGGUUCUUGAUUACCGUACCUAUGCUAGAAGAAUGGACAUCUGAUGCUGGGAUUGAAUUCGUUCUGAGAUUUGUUCGGCAGUUCUCAUCAGAGUCUCAUGUAUACUUCAAGUCUCAGGAGAUGCAUGACAUGGAUCAUCAUAUUGGUGAUCUACAUUCAUCAAUAGUCGAUCGAGAGAUUGAACUCGUGCAAGAGUUGUUGGAGAAGAUCGUACCCUUCCACGAUUCUAUUAUGAACAUAUGCGACGUUUGCGCGGAACUCGACUGCUUACUUGCUUUCGCCGAAGCAGCCAGGUCAUUCAAUUAUCGACGACCGCGGAUGGUAGAAGGCUCUAUCAUGGAUAUUGUACAAGGAAGGCAUCCACUGCAAGAACUAGUUGCUGAUGCUUUCGUCCCUAACGAUGCCCGCUUAGUUGGCGGUGUUGGUUUUGGACAGUCCUAUGUGCCCGAUGAUGCCUUUAGUGUAGCCGAUGGUCUUCCAUUCAACAGUGUCGUCCUCUGCACAGGAGCAAAUGCAUGCGGUAAGAGCGUAUACCUGAAGCAGGUCGCAUUGAUUCAGUACAUGGCCCAAAUUGGAAGCUUCGUUCCCGCUGAAUCUGCUACUCUGGGAAUUGUGGAUAAAAUUUUCACCCGGAUUCAGACAAAGGAAUCUGUAUCCAAAGUUCAGUCUGCUUUCAUGAUAGACCUCAGCCAGGUGUCUCUGGCCUUGAGGAACUGUACUUCGAGGUCUCUCAUCCUUCUUGAUGAGUUUGGGAAAGGCACCAUCUCCACAGGCAACGGCGAUCUCCUCAGCACAGAUGGUCUUACGAAUCCGGAUGUGGUCGUGGACGGCGAAACACAUUCUCGUGCAUCCGUACCGGGGGAAAGGAUCACAUACCUCUAUCGGGUCGCUCCAGGGUUGUCUUACGGUUCGCAUGCUACUCAGUGUGCAGCUAUGUAUGGACUCCCGUAUCGCAUUGUUGCGAGAGCAGGAUAUGUCAGCGAACUCCUGGCUACGUACGAACUUGGAAAGUUGUUGGAGGAACGGAUGAGCGAGGAAGAACUCCUUGACCUUCAGGAGGCGGAAAAAGUUGCUCGGAGGUUCCUAGAGUGGGACCUGACCAGCGAAGAAGCAGCGCACCAGACGGGUGUGAAAGCAAGACUGGCACAAAUUCUUGGCCGGGAAGUGGAUCAGAGCUGA